UUAGUUAAUAUCGUAAGUAAUACUUAUUUAGUGUAAUAAUCAACAACAAAAAAUGUAUUUUCAAAGUGUAAUGAGUUAUGCAUUAUCUGGAGCUCAAGUGUCCUUGGAUGCAGUGUCAGGAGUCAUAAAAGCCGUGACACCGACACUCCAAUAUUCAAGUUGUAACCCUAUAGUAAUGUCACCUCUGUGGAAAUUAGCUGCAAAUACUGGACCAUUUACAAGAAUUGCAGCUAUCAGUGGAGCAACAGCUGUUCUUGUUAAUGCGUAUGGUUCCCACUCAAAACAUCUAAACGACCAAUAUCAAAUAAAAGUAUUUGAUACUGCAAGUCGGUACCAUUUCACCCAUACACUAGUAAUACUAGGAUUACCUCUUUGCAGAGCACCUUACGUGACUGCAACCUUCAUGCUGUCUGGCAUAAUACUGUUUUGUGGGAGCUGCUACUAUUAUUCAUUUACUGGUGACAAACGAAUGAAUAAACUGACACCAUUUGGUGGAAUAUGUUUUAUAUUAGGGUGGUUAAGUAUGUGCAUUUAAGCUUUUAAGAAACACGGGAAUGUGGUAUUUGUUAAAGAGAAAAAUAGAAAAUAAGAAAAAUUAUGAGGAACUGAAUUUGUAAAUGUUGCAUGAUAUAUAUAUAAUUUUGUUUCUUAAAUAAAUCAUCUUUCAUAAUU